GAGUAGUUUCUGCGGUUUUACGAGCCUUUGUUCUGUCUGCAGGAUAGUUAUCCAUUCACAGGAGAAAGAAAAUGCGGAUCCAGAUUAUAUCCCCAUCAACAGUCGCUUUAAAUGUGUGCAAGAGGCAGAAGAAACUCUACUGAUUGAUAUAGCUACAAACACAGGCUGUAAGGUCCGGAUUCAAGGUGAUGAGACAGCGGAGCGGCUCUUUGAAAUCCCUGAUGAGGAGCAUUGCUUAGGAUUCCUUUCGGAGGUGCAGAGCAUACAGGAGGCCCACCUGAAAGCUUCUCUUCCUGAACCUAAGGACUCGGCCAGCUGGCGUCAGGUGGAGAAGAACCUUCCAGGUCCAUCACAGACCUCUUCUUCGGGAGCUCUGGGAUUUGAGGAUGACUUCAACGCUCUAAGCCUUGAAGAGAGAAGAAACAUGCAAAACCACCACCCAGGAUCUCGGCGGGAACCCCCACCUCCUCCUGUGCCUCAAAACAGGCAAUUUCACCGAGAGAGAGAAGGUGCGUCAAGAGACCAGCCAAAAGUGACCAACACGAUGCGCAAAAUGUUCCUUCCCAGCACCCAGUCAGGGCAAAGAGAAGGCCUCAUCAAACACGUGCUCGCCAAGAAAGAGAAGGCGUACGUCAACCUUCACAACUUCAGGUUUUUUGUGGGAACGUGGAACGUGAACGGGCAGUCUCCAGACAGCAGCUUGGAACCCUGGCUGGUGUGCGACACGGAGCCUCCAGACUUCUACUGCAUUGGGUUCCAGGAGCUGGACCUCAGCACAGAGGCUUUUUUCUACUUGGAGUCUGUAAAGGAGCAAGAGUGGAAGGCUGCUGUGAAGAAAUCCCUGCACCCUCAGGCUAAAUACAAGAAGGUGCAAAUGGUCCGUCUAGUCGGGAUGAUGUUGCUCAUCUUUGCUAAGGAGGAUCACCUGGGCAGUAUCAGAGAGAUUGUGACGGAGUGUGUGGGCACGGGAAUCAUGGGAAAGAUGGGCAACAAGGGCGGUGUGGCAGUGAGGUUCGUGUUCCACAACACGACCUUCUGCAUCGUCAACUCCCACCUCGCUGCUCACGUGGAGGACUUUGAGCGACGCAAUCAGGAUUAUAAGGACAUCUGCGCCCGGAUGAGUUUUGAAACCCCAGAUGAUAGUCUACCUCAGCUCAACAUCAUGAAACACGACGUUGUCAUCUGGCUGGGAGACUUGAACUACAGGCUCUGUCUCCCUGAUGCCAGCGAAGUGAAAAGUCUUAUCAGUAAGAAUGAGCUUCAGAAAUUGCUGACGUACGACCAGCUGAAUAUCCAGCGCACUCAGAAGAAAGCAUUUGCAGAUUUCACCGAGGGAGAGAUUAGAUUCAUCCCCACCUAUAAAUAUGACUCUAAAACAGAUCGCUGGGACUCCAGUGGAAAGUGUCGUGUGCCAGCGUGGUGUGAUCGCAUCCUUUGGAGAGGAGGCAACAUCAAUCAGCUGCGGUAUUCCAGCCACAUGGACCUGAAGACUAGUGACCACAAACCAGUCAGCGCCCUUUUCCGCAUCGGGGUGAAGGUUGUGGAUGAGCAGAAGUAUCGGAAGUUGUUUGAAGACAUUGUUCGUUUAAUGGACAGAAUGGAGAAUGACUUUCUUCCUUCGCUGGAGCUAAGCAGGAGAGAAUUUGAGUUUGAGAAUGUGAAGUUCCGCCAACUGCAGAAGCAGAAGUUCCAGAUCACCAAUAACGGGCAGGUCACCUGUCACUUCUCCUUCAUCCCAAAGCUCAAUGACACCCAUUACUGUAAGCCGUGGCUUCGGGCUGAGCCCUGUGAAGGUUACCUGGAGCCAGAAGAGAGCACGGACAUCUCCCUGGACGUGUACGUCAGUAAGGACUCGGUAACCCUUCUGAACUCUGGCGAGGAUAAAAUUGAGGAUAUUCUUGUCCUUCACUUGCACCGAGGGAAGGACUAUUUCCUUACAAUCAGUGGAACCUACCUGCCCAGCUGCUUCGGCACCUCCCUGGAGGCCUUGUGCCGCAUGAGGCGACCCAUCCGAGAGGUUCCAGUCACCAAACUCAUUGACCUGGGAGAAGACAGCUUCUUAGAAAAG